AUGCAGUUCCCUGCUUUCUCCGUUCUUGUCAUUGCCAUUUCCCUUGCUGCUUCCAGUGUUGCUGCUGGUACCUUUGUCCCCAAGCAGAUGGCGGCUGAAGCUUCAACCUCGCCAACCAGCUUCAUCAGCCCGAGUGGAGUCCUCGCCAUUUCCCGUGGAGGCGCGAUUGAGGCUACAGACGCAGCAAAAGUUCUUGGAGAAGUCUUGAUAGCCGCAGGAUUGGGAGUUGUCCUUGCUCCCAAACCAAACGCCGCAAGUGACGGUGACAGCAAUGUCAGUCCAAAGAGUCUUGAGUUCCUUCGCCGGAUUGGAGCCGUCGUUGCCGGAGCUGGAUUGGCUGCAACCGCUGCUCUCUUUCGCGAUUUGGAUAUUUCUGACAUCCGAGCCUUGUCAUUGAUUCCUUUGAUCCUCACCGUUGGGUCUGCUGUUUUGAAUGACACGGCGAAGGAAACGAAGAUGAUGAAGGGACCAGAUUGUCUUGUAUGGCUUUUGUUUACCUCAACAAUGAUUUCUAACUUCAUGGGCCUUGAUGUGGGCAGUGGACUCUUCAAAGCCUCUUCUGUGCUCAUAGCAUUUUCUGGAUACACGGCUCUCCUGGUUCCUAAUCUUGCCUUGAAAAUGUACCUGAGUGAUGAAGUGCCCAUGACAGGAGCAGAGAAGGCAUUUUUUACAUAUGUGGGUAGCGCAUUCGCUGCCUGGGGGACCUUUUUCGCCCACCUUGCUUGGUAA